AUGCAGCGCUCUCAGGACGGACCCACUACCCCUGUAGCGUCGGCGUCCCUCGCGUCGCGUGCGGUCUUUUCCUGGGUCCUUCCGCUGCUUCGACUCGGCCAUACGCGGCAGCUCGACCAAAGUGAUAUGUGGCCGCUUGAGGCCUCAAAUGCUUGUGCCGGUGUCAUCCCAUCGUUUACACCGACCUACGCCGCGACCAAGUCACUUCUCCGCACGUUUGUACGCCUCCAUGGGCGGCGCUUUGCGCUCAUCGGUCUCGCGCAGCUCUUGCUCGUGCCGUGUACUCUCUACGGGCCAUAUGUGCUGCAUCAAGUGCUCUCGACGCUCGAGUCGCCAGAGGAAGAGUGGUCUUCAUCGUUAUUGUGGACCACGCUUGGUAGCCUCUUUCUCAUUCAAGUCACCGCGGCGCUGCUCUCGGCACACACCGACUACCUCGACAAGGUCCUCGUCGUGCGCCUCACGGCCGGCUUGCAGCACCUGCUCUUUGAGAAGACGUUGCGCCUCGACGCGACGUGCCGGAAGCGCAUCUCCACCGGCGACCUCACCAACUACUUUACCUCCGACAUCAACGCCAUUCUGCGCGUGACGUUCUACAUCCACUACCUCUGGCUUAUGCCGCUGCAGAUCGUCAUCACGCUCGUCUUACUCUACAAGAUCAUUUCGUGGGCCACCUUUGUCGGCGUGGCCAUUCUUGUCCUCGGUGCGCCAAUCACGAACGUCCUCGUCAAGCUCCGGUACCGCGCGAUGGACACGCUCAUGGCGCAAAAGGAUGCACGCAUGCGGUUUGUGCACGAAGUCGUGGGUGCUAUCCAAAUCCUCAAGCUACAAGCCGCCGAAGAUGCCGUGUUAACCAAGCUUCUCGCGCUGCGGGUCAAAGAAGUGCAGUCGCUCCGGCGCCUCUUUGCGUUGGCCAGCGCGACGAUCUCGAUGGCGUACAUCAUCCCAGCGACGGUCACGGUCGCGUCGCUUGCCACGUACACGCUGCUGCUGCGUCAAGACGUGACGGUCGCCAAGGUGUUUGGUGCCCUCGCGCUCUUCAACUCGCUCUCGACGCCGCUUAACAACUUUCCGCACACACUCACGUCGGCGCUCACGGGGCUCGUCUCGGUGCGUCGCCUCGAUGCCUUCCUGGCACUGCCCGAGCGACCGGUGGACAAUGUUCAGACGCCGACAACGCUGUCUCCGGACCAGCUCGCGCCGUUGGCUACCGACAAGGUGGCGAUUGCGAUCGACGACGGCGCGUUUGGGUGGGACCACGAAAAGCCCAUCUUUACGGACUUGAAUUUGCGCAUCCACCAAGGCGAGCUCGUCGUCGUCCACGGCCUUGUCGGCGAAGGCAAGUCGUCGCUCUGCUCGAUCCUUCUCGGCGAGCUCGACAAGCUGCGCGGGUCGGUCUUUGUCGGUGGCCGCGUCUCGUACUUUUCGCAGCAAGCGUGGAUUCAAAACAUGACGAUCCGCGAAAACAUCCUCUUUGGCAAGCCGUACGACCGGAAAAAGUACGCGGCCGUCAUUGACGCCUGCGCUUUGACCAAAGAUCUCGCCGCACUCCCCGCCGGGGACCGCACCGAGAUUGGCCAGAAAGGCGUCAACCUCAGCGGCGGCCAGAAAGCGCGCAUCGCGCUCGCACGCGCGUGCUACAACGACGGCGACGUCUUUCUCUUGGACUCGCCCUUGUCCGCGGUGGAUGCGAUUGUCUCGAACGAGAUUUUCACCAAGUGCUUUCUCGGCCUCUUGUCGAAGAAGACGGUGCUGCUCGUGACGCACAACCCCGAGAUCAUCGCGUCCAAGCACGUCGACCGCACGAUCGAGAUUGCCAACGGGAUCUGCAAGCAAACCAUCAACACGGCCAAAGAAGCUUUCGACUCGGCCCUCUCGCCGCUCGCGGCGCACCCAAAGGUGGUCUACAGCAAGGGCGAUGCCGAGUAUCAGGCCUCAGAAAUGCGGGUCGAGUCGCCGAUGGCGGCAACGUCUCCCAUUGGGGCCACUGAGACCCACCGCCUGAUCCAGGCCGAGGCGCGGUCGGAAGGGCGCGUCUCGCCACGUGUGUUUGCCAACUACAUGCGCGCUGCGGGUGGCCCCGGCGCGGUGCUUCUCGUGCUGUUCGUGCAAAUGACGUGGCAGACUGUCGUCGUCGGGCGCGAUCUUUGGCUGAGUCACUGGGCGUCAUCGCCCGAGAUGCAAGCAAACGCGGGCUUUGGCAUCUGCGUCUACGCUGGUCUCUGCGUCGUUGUUGCGCUCCUUGUCGUCUGCCGCGUAUUGAGCAUUUCGGUUGCGGGGCGGCGCGCGAGCCGCGUGCUCUUUGAAGACAUGGCGCGCGCUCUCUAUCGGGCACCCAUGACGUUCUUCGACACGACGCCCGCCGGCCGCAUCCUCAAUCGCUUCAGCGGCGACGUCACUAAAGUCGACCUCGACGUCACGUUCACGUACACGUUCUUCAUUGGCACGCUUUCGGGUUUCCUCCUCUCGGUCACGACAUCGAUCGUUGCCAUGGGGUGGUAUGCACUCGCCUUGGUACCGCUGCUGUAUCUAUACUACAUGAUCGGGCGCUUCUACAUUGCGCCGGCGCGGGACGUGGAGCGCCUCAGCAAGGUCGCGUCGUCGCCGAUGCUACAGUGGGUCGCGGAAACCAUUGACGGCGCCGUCGUCGUGCGGGCGUUCGGCCAUGAACACCGCUUCGCUGCACACCACGCCGCGACCGUUGACCAUUGCAAUACCACCGUCCUCGUGCGCCAAGUGCUCCAGCAGUGGCUACUGCUGCAGACACAGCUCCUUAGCGCGCUCUUGGUAUUGGUCAUCACGGCUGCGCUUAUCGGUCUUCGUGAUACGCUGUCACCAGGCUGGAUUGGCAUCGUCUUCAACUACGCCCUUGGCAUCCCGGGCAGUCUCCAGUACCUCAUCCAAGACUCUUCAGACCUCGAGAUCGCCAUGGUCGGUCCCGAGCGCAUCAUCGAGUACACGCAGAUUCCGCCCGAAGCGCCGCGUGUGAUUCCUGGCGCCGUCUCGACGCAGUCGUGGCCGUCGCAGGGAGCGAUUACGUUUGAGAACGUCAGCUUCCGCUACAAGGAAAACGACCCGCUCGUGCUCAAGGACGUGAGCGUCGCGCUCCGGGGCCGGGAAAAAGUCGGUAUCGUUGGUCGCACGGGUGCUGGCAAGUCGAGCUUGACCAUGGCACUCUUCCGCAUCAACGAGCUCGCGGCCGGGUCCAUCUCGAUUGAUGGCAUCAACUGCGCAUCGGUCGGGCUCAAGACGCUCCGCGAAAGCAUCGCGAUCAUUCCGCAAAACCCGGUCCUUUUCAAGGGCACGCUCCGCCAGUACCUCGACCCGUUUGACCAGUUUCAAGACGACGAUCUCUGGAACGUGCUGCGCAAGGUCAACUUGGUCGAGCGCAUCGAGAAGGACGGUUUAAGCAGCGACGUCGAGGAGAACGGCGAGAACUUUAGCGUCGGCGAGCGCCAAAUGCUGUGCAUGGCCCGUGCGCUCCUCUUGCGCGCCAAGGUCGUCGUCAUGGACGAAGCGACGGCGGCCAUGGACCACGCGACGGACCAGAAGCUCCAGCACGUGAUUCGCACCGCGUUUGCCGACUCGACCGUCCUCACGAUCGCCCACCGUCUCGACACGGUGCUCGACUGCGACCGGAUCCUCGUGUUGGACCACGGCCGUCUCGUGCAGAGCGACAGCCCGAGCAACCUCAUUGCGCAAGGCGACGGCAUCUUCUUUGAGCUCUGCAGUGAAGGCGGCUAUCUCGACAAGGUCCACCAAGCCACAACGCCUUAG